GGAGCAGGAUCAGUGUCAGACCGUGAGGGAGCAGGAGCAGGGUCAGACCCUGGCACUCGGGCCGUGCCCGGCCCCUCUGCCCCCCAUCACUGCCUUCCUGCCCUCUGUGGGGUGAGGGGUCCGGUAAGCCCAGCAUGGCUUGCACAGGUUUUACACCGCAGUUCUGAGGUGUGAGGCACCUGAACCGCUUGUCUUGGAGCCUUCACCCUUCCCCUGCCUUGUAGCUGGGCCUGUGGACCCUGCAGGGGCUGCUCCCUGACUGGCCUUCCCGAAAUUCACUUUUCCCCAGUGCCAAGCGAGGAGCAGCAGGAAUAACAAAAACCCGGUGGAAGUGUGGGCACUCCCCGUUGGACUGUCGGUAGUGUUAACAAUGGUGAACUUCAGCUAAAGCUGUGUCAGUCUGUGCCAAAUGUGCCUAGUGCGUGACCCAAGAAUGACCUAAAAUGCUGGAGAUAAAUUUCUGAUAAAGAAAGAUGAUAGAAAGAGAGUUAUAUGCAUCGAGGGGAACAUUGCAAGUGGGAAAACAACAUGCCUGGAUUAUUUUGCUCGAACUACCAGCAUUGAGGUUUUGAAAGAACCGCUGGUCAAGUGGAGGAAUGUUCGUGGUCAUAAUAUCCUGGGCUUAAUGUACGAGGAUGCUUCCAGGUGGGGGAUAACCUUACAGACUUACGUCCAGCUGACCAUGUUGGAGCAGCACACCAGGCCAAUGACUUCCCCAGUCCGAAUGAUGGAGAGAUCAAUUCACAGUGCAAAGCACAUCUUUGUGGAAAAUUUGUACAGGAGUGGAAAAAUGCCCGAGGUGGAUUAUGCUGUGCUGAGUGAAUGGUUUGACUGGAUCAAGAGCAACAUCGACGUCUCAGUGGAUUUGAUAGUUUAUCUGCAGACAUCUCCUAAAGUUUGUUAUGAGAGGUUAAAAAAACGAUGCAGGGAAGAAGAAAAGAUCAUUCCUCUGGAAUAUUUAGAAGCUAUUCACGAGCUCUAUGAAGAGUGGCUCAUUAAACGUGCACUGUUUGAGGUUUCCUGCCCAGUGCUUGUUAUUGGAGCUGACCAUGACAUGCAGAAAAUGAUAGAAAAGUAUGAAGAAAAACGGGACCAAAUACUAAACCCAUCUGAUAGACAACACCAUUUAUAGAAGCCUGUGCUUGUUGUACCAAAUAAUGUUUAGGAAGUCUGAUUUGGUAUUUUUAAUAUUUAAAUAUAACUGGUUUUGGUUUUGCACUAUGCUUUGUAGAAUGUUGUGGACUUAUAGCUAUGAAAUGUUCAGGUUCAAGUCAGGAACAGAAUAUAAACCAAUUCCUUUUUGUGUU